GCUGGGAGUCCUUUAAUCACAUGACACAACAAACCUACAGAUUCUGAGAUUGCGCCAUAACACCCGAACGUACUCGAUAUUUCUAUUACUGCGUCAACGACACACUGUGAAGAAUUUUAACCAUUUUUGUAAAUUUGUUUGAAAAAAUGAAGUGGCAGUUCAAAGAAGAACACAGCAUAGAUCAAAGACGUGCAGAGGCUUCCAAAAUCCGCGCUAAAUACCCUGAACGCAUUCCAGUUGUAGUGGAAAAAGUUCCCAAAUCUCAAAUUCCAGACAUUGAUAAAAGAAAAUUUCUAGUACCUGCAGACAUCACUGUUGCACAGUUCAUGUGGAUUAUUCGUAAAAGAAUUCAGCUUCCACCUGAGAGAGCAAUUUUUCUCUUCAUUGAACGUGUUUUGCCCACGACAAGUUCUACUAUGGGUCAGAUAUACGAAGAACACCAAGAUGAAGAUCAAUUUCUAUACGUUGCAUAUAGUGGUGAAAACACUUUCGGAAGAUGAAACCCCAGCAAUGGACUGCCUUUCGAAAACUCGAUCGUUUCGGCUUGACAAAAGAUUCUCACAUUCUGUGCUAUUCUAUGUCACAGCAAAAACUUACUCCAAAAUCUGCAGCAUUUACAUUUUCUCACCAUUACGAAAUGACUUUUUUUUUUAAAAACAGACAGAUGCCAAGAAUUCAGAUGCAAAUUACACAUAAACAUUUCUUAUCUCAUAGCUUACAUACACCCCAUUGUGUCGUAUAUACAUAAAGCAAAGUGAAGUAUUUUUAGUUUAAUGAUUCAACUUUACAUGUACAUGUAUUCCACCUGUUAUGAUAUGCUAAUUGAAUGUAAAAUUGAGAUAUAAAAAGCAAGCUUCUUCUACUCACUAUUACAAACUGCCACUGCAAUUUUUCAAGCUCACAUUUGUGUGUAGCUACACACGAAUCACUGACAUGUCAGGCUUUUUAUCAUACUGUAUAUGGACAGAUUUUAUUCAUAGAUUAAUACUGGUAACUGGUAGGUAUAUGUAGAAAUAUAGACCAUCGUAGAUAAAUGUUUUUUUAGAUGCAUGCCAAUGUGAUCAUUUAUUAACUGAUCUUAAAUAUUACAUACCAGUAAGUUUUAAACAAAUCUGAAUAUUCAAUUUCAACUAAUUAGAACACAGGUUAUGGUAGAUUAUAGUAAUCAUUUUUGACUGAAUAAAAUAUUUAGCAUUUCAGAAGAUCCCAAGUUUGUGAGGGUCUGUUAACCUUCUCACCACCAGAUGCCGCUUUUCAUCACAAAAUAGUCCCAUUUUUAGUCUGUACUUUACAGGACUGGGACAAAAACAGACAAAUUAUUUGAGUAAAAAUUGAUAAUUGUGUAUCAAAUUUUGUCUGUCGGCAAAAUAAAGGUUCACUUCCAGAAAUAUUAAAGAAUAAUAUAAAAAAAAGUGCAGAAAAAAAAGGUGGUGAAAAGGUUAACCAUACAAGGGGCAAUAAAUUAAGCCAUCACAGUCAAUAAAUGUUUGUAUCAUAUAACAUUUAUUCCUACUUGUAAAAACCUUCACCCUUUGAGUGCUACAUUUUUCCUGCCAAAAUGUUGGUGCCACAUUUUGUCUAUUUUUAUGCAUUUUUAAAAAAUUUUGUUUUUGAUAAUUUUGGACCAAAUAUACAUCAUUUUCUGUUGGUAACAAAUCUUGAGCAGAAUUUUAAAAUAAAAAUUAUGUGAGGUGUAAUUUGUGAAUGGCAAUAAAAGUUUACUUUUGAACUCAAAGGGUUAAACAUGAAUGUAGUACUUUCUACCAGCACUUUAUUUAUUUCACUAAUUUCUGGAGUGCUCAAUCCACAUAUAUUUGGAUUUCAAAAAUAUUAUUUUCACAUUCCACUAGAUACCAAUAUAUUAUCAACUGUACAUGAUCCCAUUUAAAUUGAGGUAACGAACGAUUAGCUCAAUCCCACCACUGUGGUAUGUUUAGUAUAGCCCAAGGUAUGGUAAUUACCAUGUAAAUAGUAUUUUACAGUGAAUGACAGAAAUCUGUACCUUAGUUUAUAAACAUGUGUAUAAUAAAAAUCAGUAAAUACAGAUCCACAUCUUUCAUUCAAAUA